AUGAUCGCUAAUAAUCUUAUUCUCCUCUCCGCAUUGGCCGCCAGCGCUGUGGCUGCACCAAGCGGAGUCGUCAAGCGACAGAGCAACGAGGACAACCUUUGGCAAGUUCCUGUCAGACGUGACCCAAAGGACCCCAGCCAGGAUAGGUGGACGCAAAUCAACUCUGUCAUUACCCCAAUCGACAAGGCGGCAGAUGACAACCGUAAAUUCUCGUACUACCCAUUCCUUUACAACAUGGGCGGCACCCUUUUCUUGCUCUUCUCUGGCGCUCCAAAGGAUGUCGAUGGCAUGGGCCAAGAUGUGCGAAUCUCUUACUCCACAAAUGGGAAAUGGAGCAAACCAGAGGUUGCCUUUCCCCCAGCUCUUCUCCCAAACCAGACAACGAUCGAGACCUCGGAGUACUACUGCAAGCGUGGCAUUCCUCAACGAGCCUUGCAGGCGCUUAGCAUUGUCUACAUUGGCGGAGGCGAGUCUGAUGCGACAUACUAUGCGGUUGCACAGUCCAGCGACAACGUCUGUCCUGGACACUUUGAACCAGCCGGUCGCCUCGCCCGUAAGCUGAACCGCGAUCCUUUGUCUGGUAGUACUUUUGCAGGCGAACCAUGCUGGCUCGACUUCACUGAGUAUACCGGCGAUCACGCAUGGACUGAGACGGUCUACGGCGAAAAGUACAAAAUGAAGGUGUGCGAGGACAAGGACAAGAUCAUUGCUGCGUUGAAGAACCCACAAGCCGUGCCGGCUCAAGCGACAUCUCUCUUUAACGCACCUGUUGUCGCUGCUGAUGGCAAACACAACGUCAGCUAUCCUACCAACGCAAUCUACCUUCCGGGCAAUUCGGAUAAAGGACGUUAUAUGCGAUUCUGGGCUGAUGUCUCCGUGAGGAACAAGACUGGCAACGCCUUUGUUGAAUACACCAGCGAUCUCACCGGCAACGAUUGGUUCCCCGCAACCGAUGAUGGCUCCAAGAUCCAACAGACCAACAUCUACAGCUCGUACAAGGCCUGGUUCGGCAGCAGUGAAGGAUCCGUUCAGCGCCGCGUAUACAUCUCCAACAGCGGCAUGAACAAGGAUUCCUCCCAGGACAUCCUGACCCUCGCCACUUCCACCGGCAACGACCUUGCUUUCCGCAACAUUGGCAUCCUCCGCAGCGACUCCCAGGAAAAGGCCCCCGUUGGCACGCGCCCCACUGAGGCCUCCGGCAUCGCGGGCUUCUACUGGCCCUCAGCCGUCUUCCAAGGUGACAAGUUGGUCGUUGCCUACAGCGAGAACAAGGCCAAUAUCCAGGUCUCCACCAUCGACUUUGCUGAUCUCCCUUGA